CAAAAAUCCAGCAGAAACCUAUCUCCCAGCAAGUGCACUCACAACUUCGGAUUUACACUUAAAGCCGAGAGCUUUCUGUUCAUAACGGGCUUGUUGCUGAGUCCGGAGAGCUGUCUGGCUCAGCGCAUUUGGGGAGACCGCUGCUGCAUUGAGAGAGCUGAACGCGCUCCUUUCCUUGCCACAUUUCGUCCGUAGUGGACAGUGAGCGAGUGAGCUGUGAACGUGCGGGGUGCGCGCCAUAAACGGACACGAAAAGCGAGCGAAACAGAAAAAAGCGAGCGAGAGGGAGCGAGAGAAGGAGAGGGGAACGACCUCUGCUGCUGCCUUUUCCGUUCAUUCACCGUGAAUUUCAACUUGUCCUCAACAUUGUGAGCUGUCCAGUUCAACCUGCUGCAAAAUGAUCGGGAAACUCGUCAUCCUCGUCGGAUUCCUUAUCUGCAGCACAGAAGCCAUCCUCCAAGUGUCCAUCUCGCUGAGCAAAGUCGAGCUGAGCGUGGGGGAGUCCAAGUUCUUCACCUGCACAGCCAUUGGAGAGCCCAUCCGGCUGGACUGGUAUAACCCUCAGGGGGAGCGGAUGGUGCCAUCCCAGCGCGUGGCACUGCACACGGAGGGCGUGCGCUCCCGACUCACCCUCUACAACGCCAACGUGGAGGACGCGGGCAUCUACCGGUGCCAGGCCACCAACGCCCGGGGACAGACACAGGAGGCCACCGUGGUGCUGGAAAUAUACCAGCGACUGACGUUUCGGGAGGUGAGGUCGCCGCAGGAGUUCCGUCAGGGCGAGAUGGCGGAGGUGGUGUGUGACGUCACCAGCUCCCCCGUCCCCGUGGUGGCCUGGUUCUACAAUAACAUGGAGAUCAUGCUCAUGCCAGAAAACAACAAAUUCCAGCUCUUGCCCAACAACAACCUGCAGAUCCAGCAGGUGACGAAGGCUGAUGAGGGCGUGUAUCGCUGUGAGGCCCGCGUGGAGGCCCGGGGCGAGAUCGACUUCAGAGACAUUAUUGUGGUAGUCAACGUGCCCCCUGUGCUCUCGGUGCCCCAGCUGUCCUUCAAUGCCACGGCUGACUACCAGGAGUCUGUCACCCUCACCUGCCGCGCCUACGGCUCCCCAGAGCCAGACGUCACCUGGUACAGGGGACUGGUGGAGCUGUAUGAAUCGGAGCAGUACGCCAUACGGGCGCGGGGCACCAGCCUGACGAUCCGCAACAUCCGGAAGGGAGACGGGGGCUCCUACACCUGCAAGGCAUCCAACAAGGCCGGGGAGGUCGACCGGCAGCUCACCCUCAAAGUCUUCGAGCCGCCGCACAUCACUAAGUUGCGUAACGUGACGGCGGUGGAGGGCAGUGCUGCGAUGAUCUCCUGCAAGGCGGAGGGCGAGCCGCUCCCCGAGAUCAGCUGGAGGAGGGCCAGCGACGGACAGGUCUUCAUAGAGGGAGACAAGAGCAGAGACGGCCAUGUGAGUGUUCGCGGUCGGCAUGGGGAUUCCACGCUGGUCAUCACGGGCGUGUCACUAUCAGACCUGGGCCGCUUUGACUGCGAGGCCAGGAGCAGAAUCGGAAACCAUCAGAAGACCAUGUACCUGGACAUAGAGUACGCCCCAAAGUUUCAGACCAACCACACGAUAUUCUACUCGUGGGAGGGGAACCCCGUCAACAUCAGCUGUGACGCCAUGUCCAACCCCCCAGCCACCAUGCUGUGGAGGAGAGACAAGCUGACCAUCGCCAGCGAGGGCAUGGGCAAUAUGCGCGUGCACAGCGCCCCUGGCAGGUCACUACUGGAGGUCACCCCCAUGUCAGACAGGGAUUUCGGCCGGUACAACUGCUCAGCACGAAACAACAUCGGCAUUCGAUUUCAGGAAUUCAUUCUGGCACAGGCUGAUGUGCCCUCGAACCCGUACUCGGUGCGUCUGAGCGGGGUGGCCCAGCGCGUUGCCACUGUGACCUUCAUGAAGCCGGACUCGCACGGCGGCGUGCCCAUCGACCACUACCUGGUCAGGUACAAGGACGCCGGCUCGCACGACUGGAGGGCCGUCAGGUCGCAAGGGACACAGACACUGGUUCAGCUGUACAACCUUGAACCCAACACCACAUAUGAGGUGCACGUAGCAGCGGUAAAUGGAAAAGGCCAAGGAGAGUUCAGUCGCACAGAGAGCUUUCAAACACUCCCCAUACGAGAGCCAAGCCCCCCUUCGGUGAAUGGCCAGCGAGGGGUUGGAAAAGCCUACAAGCUGGGGCUCAUCAAGCAAGACGACGGGGGUAUGCCCAUCCUCGAGUACAUCGUCAAAUACAAAACGGACAGAGACGAGCAGUGGAUGACAAAGCUGGUGCCGGGCGUCAACGACUUUGUGCUGCUGCAGCCGCUGCAGUGGAACACCCAGUACGAGGUGGAGAUCACCGCGCGCAACAUCAAGGGCCUGUCGGAGCCCACCACCAUACACUUCUCCAUGCCCCAGAAGCCUGACAUCACAGCAGACUCCAUGUUCAGUGGGCUGGGCGUGGCGGCGGUGGUGGGCCUGGGCGUGGCCGGCCUGCUGCUGCUGCUGGUGCUGGUGGACGUCAGCUGCUUCUUCCUGUGCCAGCGCGGCGUGACGCGGGCUCUGACGCGUGCCCUCUGCAGCAAGAGCACCGCCACCAGUGCCAUGGGCAAGGAGCUGGAGGAGGGCAAGGCCGCCUACCUGAAGUUGCCGCUGAAAGAGGAGAAUGGUAAAGAGAUGCUGAAGCCGGAUGCCAUCGAGAUCAAGGUGCGCGGCGACGGCACACUGCGCUGCACGCAGGUGGACAGCAAAGCAUAAUGGCCACCCUGACCUACGACCUAUGACCUAUGACCUAUGACCCCAGAACCAAGUCCAGCCCAUCUCUUUAUGUAUGUGUCUGUCUGUCUGUCUGUCUGUCUGUCUCUCUCUCUCUCUCUCUCUCUCUCUCUCUCUCUCUCUCUCUCUCUCUCUCUCUCUCUCUCUUUCUCUCUCUCUCUCUCUCUCUCUCUCUCCUCCAAAAAUCUGCCACCACACAGGAGAACUUUUCCGGAAAGAACUUGCGCAGCGAGCUACUCUGAGACCAAAA